AUGACUCAAAAGGUCAAACUGCCAAUCACCGAAUACGUCGAUACGGAGGAGCGUUAUUGUUAUGGCAUAUCUUCAGAUAAUGAAAGGGAUGCUUUUCUGAAUGAGGCCAAAUCUGGGAAAACUGUACCCCAAUCCGGCUUGGUAGGCAAAACCGGUAAAUUAAUCGGAGCCAUUGGUUCGAGUAUUUGGUCUAGUGCCACCGGAGCCGUCUCACUUGGCGUUGAUGCCGUGUGCACAGGCGUCUCCGCCGGCAGUUCUGUUGUCUCUGGCGUGAUAAGUUACCUCCCAUUCCCCCGACGUGCCGCACCGACAGAUGAGCCGUCGCAGUCCCAAGAAGUUGUUGCUGAACAAAAGCCUAACACGCCCCCGCCGGCUAAGUCAGGAAUCCUCUCGAAAGUACUCCUUCGAGGCCCUACUAAGGACAAAGCUGACUGA